GCUUCCACAAAGGGGCCGAGGCGGGGCCGCUGACUAAGUAAGAAGAGAAGAACUCCCUCCCUCUCACUGGCGCACUUGUCUUGAAGACGUGGGGAAAACAGGCACUUCGGCAUCAUUCAAUCUCCAUGUCCCAAGAGAGUAUAUCUGGCUCCAACAAUCUCCAUGAACCCCAGAGUCCUCCUACGGACCCAUCAUGCUUGAUCUGGCAGCAGGUCAGGGCCAGACUCACACCCCAUGCUUAUCCGGAUUCGAGAUUCCAUCAUGAUUUCUCCGUCUUCAUCCCAGAUUUUCAGGGUUCAGCAUCGGCGGCGGAUCAUAUUGCAAGCAUGGAUUGCUACAGGACGGCCAAAACCAUCUUUACUACGCCAGACAACAGCCUUCAAAACCUGCGAUACCGAGCGCUCAGGGACGGGAAGAAGUUGGUCGUAGCAACUUACGAGCUUCGGCGUGGCUUUCUGCUGCUGGAUCCACGCAGUACAGAAGCAGUAAGAUUCGAAUAUGCAAGCUGUGCUGACGGCAUGGAGAAGCCCGGAAUUGGUCGUCAUGUGACAUUAGCAAAACUUCAAGAGGAAGGCGUCCAAGUGGAUCUAUAUAUUGCGGGCUCCUGGGUUGUCAGCCAAAACGGCAUGCCACUGUGGAGAGCCAACGACAUGUCCAGUCUGUCGUGGCACAUGCUCGCCGACAUUGGUGUUUUGAGCCCACAGGCUCCGACCCUCACACUUGUGCACAGCAGCCAAGUCCUCCAAGCGGAGAGGAUGCAAACCAAGACGAAAUCUGAGCCGAAUGAUGUGCAGUACGACUUCGUGGUAACGGAAAGUACGGCUAUACACAUACCAGACGCCGUGAGACCGCCCCUCUCGGACUUAUGGCUCGACCGCGUCAGUGACGAAUUGAUACAUGCCAUGCCUCCCCUGCAAGAGUUGAAGGGCAUUAAAAUCAUGGAGAGGAUCAUGCGAGAGGUAGGACUGGGCCCGUCGAAGGAGGUUAGGGAACCGACGACUCCAAAUGCUGAAGAGCAGAUGGGUAUAGAUAUUGCAACAAGGAUUUUGAAAGGGUACAGAGUCUAGCAGGCUUCUUUGACGGCUUUUGCUCUCAUGAUAGGAGUGAUUGGUCAGCCUGGGAAAUUUCCAAAAAUACACACGGCCUCAGGCGUGGUGAUGACAGUCUGAUAUACACACCUAUCAGGAUUUCCUUCUUCGGACUAGCGCC